UUCAGUUAAUAUAUAUAUAGUUAAAGUUGACAAAUCAGAAUUUAUUUUUGCAAUAAGAAAAAAAUUCAGUAGAGGGAUUUUAGAGAUGUCAAUAGACACAAUGAUGGAAGAAUAUGAUCAGUAUUCCUCUGAUUCUAAUACAGACGCAAUCAUCUACGGCGUUUCUGAGCCUUGUACAUCCGAUGAAAGCAUGAUCUCUGAUCCCAACAUUCCAUCAUCAUCAUCAUCGUCAGAGGACGAUGAUGACCAGCAGCAGCAGCAGCAACAGAUAUCUAUUGCUGCUGCGGCUAGUGGUGAUGGGACAAAUGAUUUGACUGAAUCAUCAUGUGCAUCGUCCAGCCGGUUUACAGAUGAAAAUCAAAUUGCUGAGCAAAGAGCGGUAAUGACAUUUAACGUUGAUUUUGGGGAACUUUCUGGGGUUGCUGUUGGCAAAAGCUGUAAUAUUGAAAUUGGUCACCGUUUCCACCCAGGUUUUCAUUAUGGGGGUAAUGAGCCAAUCGAACAUCCAUUGUCACCUAGGUCUUCAGUUUGGGAUUUGCAAGUGGAAGAUGACCUUUACGAUAUAAUUAAUUGGUUGGUUUGCCCCUGCUGAUAUUGGUGGAACUUAAGUCACACACAUUUGAGUCGCUAAGGAGCAGAAUCAGAAAGUGUUCUACGGUUAUGUUUUUCAAUUGCUGUACCUCGUCGUAAGGAUGCAAAUGAAACCGUAUGAACCCGCCCCACAUAAAUUUACCCGCAUAAUGUUUUAAUUAAAAGUAAUGUAAUUUUUUUAUUUCUUUUUGCUAACGUUGAAAUAAUAUAUGUAUCUUCAUUUCAAAGCCAAAUUGUAGAAUGUAUACCGUCAUUAACUGAACUAAGCUUUAAGUCC